UUACAAACCACUAGAAUUACCCCAGAUGCUCAGAUGAAACAAUCUAUACUUGAGAAUAAGCUACUUUAUUAAGAAGGCUUCUGCUGGAUUCAAUGCAACUCAAAGGAAAGGGGUAGCCAGGAGCUCCCCAGAGACUCUGGAGCUGUGGUGCCAUUUGUUACAUAGACACAAGAUCAAGUUACAGUGAAGAUGAAAGUUCUUUUAUUCUGUCCUAGCUUCGCAGUGAGCGCCUCUCUGCCUGGUUUGAUCAUUUUCUUCAUUACUUUUCACAUUCACAAGCUGGAAUCAGCCCAAUUCAGCGUGACCGGUCCUGAUCACCCUGUCACUGUCCGGAUAGGUGAGGCCACUGUGUUACCCUGUCACCUGUCCCCCAGGAUGAGUGCUGAGAACAUGGAAGUGAGAUGGUUCCGAUCUAAGUUCACUUCAGUUGUUCACCAGUAUUAUGAAGGAAAGGAUCAGUAUGGAGAGCAGAUGCCAGACUAUCAUGGAAGGACAGAGCUUUUGAAAGCUGGCAUCACAGAUGGGAAUGUUUCCUUGCGGAUUCUUAACAUCAGUCGCUCAGAUGAAGGACAAUACCACUGUUUUGUUCAAGAUAAUAUUUUUUAUGAAGAAGCCCUAUUGGAACUGAAGGUAGCAGGGAAAUAUCUUGGAGAAAUCAAGGAACAGGUUACAGAAAUUGAUGAUCUUCAAAGAGAACUUGACUGGAGAAGAAACAUCAUCUAGCCAGGUAACUAAGCUCCUAUUGC